UUUAGUUUUGAAUGGUGUUUUAAGUUGAAGUAUUUCGAAGUACAAACUAGGUCAACUAGCAAAAUGUUUUUGCAUUCUUAAGGAAAUCCUAAAAGAGCAUGUGAAAUAAGCGAAGGGUGGAGGUUGCAGAAUUGAAAUGGAUUUGAAUUUGUUUCCUAUUCUAGACAAAGAAAAUUCGGCUAUUUCGGCAGCUCGAGUCCACGCUCCUUCCAGAGAUCCAUAAUUCUUCUCGUCCAGCAGCCAGCCACAGACUGAAAUAACAAAAGAUAAAGAGCACAAAAGAGCAAAACAUGCUGGUUGGCAAGCUUAGAUUUCACAGGAAGCAAAGCAAAAGAUCCCAGGGUGUAAAUUGCUGGAAAAAACCUGAAACAGAACGCCACCAAGCAUUGUCGUUACCGAUAUUUCAGCUUUGCAAUCAUCGUAUUUUAAACUGAAGCAUCUUUCUGCAUUCCUUAGUUUCAGUCUCCUCCUUAGAUUCCAUACCUUUUUAUUUACCUCAGCAUCGAAAUUCUUCUUGUUCUUAGGAAUCUCACACUUCUCUUGAUUCCUACACUUUACCAAGGCUAUUUGGAAGAGAGACAUUUUCUCCUCUUUUUUUUUUUCUAAAUCUGAAAGCUCCUGAAUUCUUACCCGAAUACUGGGCUCAAUGGAGAAUGGUUCGACUCGAUAUAGAGCCCCUCAUCCUCAACUUGUUAAUGUCCUGAAGCAAAGGCGAAGCGGUUACGAGCCAUCAGAUACAGAAACUGAUUGGCAAGACAGUCCAAUGCGUGAUCGAAAUAACAAAAAUGAAGCUUUUGGUUCUGGGAGUCCAAUUCAGUUGGAUUUACCAAGAAACAUCAGCCCCUUGAAGAACAGCAGGAGACAUUCUUCAAGAUAUGUUGAUUAUUCUACAAAGGACUCUGCUUCCAGUCCGCCUCGAAGGAGGCACAGUAGCAAGUCACCCUACAAGACACAAAGAGACGAUGAUGGCGGUGGUGCUGUUUCACCAGAAUCCAGCCAGAGAAAUGUUAGUCCCUUGACAAAACCAGACCAGAGAAGACAAGCUUCUCCGUACAAGGUAAAAAGAGAGGAUCGUGGUGCUCAGGGAAGACAAAUUUCUCCUUAUAAAGCCCGGAGGAAAAAUCAAAGAACGCCUACUAGAGAAGAAAGGAGCGCUCACCUGCAAUUUGACGAAGACAGUAGAUUAAGUGAGAGACUAAACGCUAGUCGUAGAAUGACAACUGCACCAAGACAAAGGACCUGGGGCAAGGAACAGGAAAACAGCUAUGGUCAUAAAGAGCAAAAGGGGGGAAGAAGCCCAUCGCCUUUGUCAAGGAGUAUGAUCCGUAGACAAAGGGAAAGGGAAGUUUCUCAUACAAAAGCACCUUCUGUUGGUGAACUGAAUGAGAUAGUUGCUAACAUCAAGCUUUCUAAAGGUUCUGUGCUUAAUGCUCCGAAUUUUGAAAGCACGGAAUCUAUUCCACCUGGUGAUAUCUUCUUUUCUGUCGACCAGACAGCCUUGGCGAUGCAGAAGAAUGCCAUAGUAAAGGACAACAAAGUAACGAGUUUGUACCCAAGACCCACAAUGUUUCCCCACAUGGAUUCUGCUCUUCUUCAGCGUAACAAAGCAAAUGCUAAUAUCAAUCAUAACCCACGGAGAACUUCGACAACAACUUCUGGUUCACGAAUGACUAUGACUUCCGCCUCUUCAGCAAGUAGGCGGAGUAGUAGCAAGCUUACCAGUGACGAUAGUAAGAUGAGUGAUGCAAGAGGUAGAACAAGUGGAAGCUUGAAAAAUUUCACAGCAAAUAGAAAGAAGAAGCAAUCAGAAGCUUGGUUUUCAUGUGUGAGGAAGGGGCCGUGCAAGACCUCAAAAUCACCUGAAAAAAAACGUUUUGAUGAAACAUCGUUCAUUGAGAAGGCGUUUGUGGUUGAGAGCUUGAGACGGUUUUGGGCCGAUAAGCAUCAACCUGAUUCAUUUAAUGGAUUUACAUGCCACAAACAUGAAGCUCAAAUUCUCAGUCAACUAGUAUCACAUGACAGAAUUCCUCACAUUUUGUUGAAAGGACCACCCGGUUCUGGUAAAAAAGCGCUAGCACUGGCUCUAAUUGGCGAAAUAUUUGGUGAUGCAUGUUGGAAUGAACAAAGGGCAACAGCACAAGUAGCAAUUUCAAUGGCAUCCAGUGCUCACCAUGUAGAGAUCAAUGUAAAUUCGGAACAAAAUGCUAAAUAUGCAUUAAUGGGUUUAGUGAAGGAAAUAAGCAAUACUUAUGCUAUUAACCCUGAAGUUAGAGAGGCCAAUUUUAAGCCAGACUAUAAAGUAUUAAUUCUUUAUGAGGUUGACAAAGCACCAGAGAACAUACAGCAUUUGAUAAAAUGGAUCAUGGACUGUUACACAGAUUCUUGUAAGCUCAUACUCUGCUGUGAAGAUGAUUCAGACAUCCUAGAAACCGUAAAAAAUAGCUGCAAAGUCUUACAAGUCGAUGCUCCUGUAACCCACGAGAUCAUGGAAGUUCUCAUCCAAAUUGCAAGGAAAGAAGAGUUUGAUCUACCAAUGAACUUUGCUUCUAAGAUCGCUGCCAAAUCGAAGCAGAACCUGAGAAAAGCAAUCAUGGCUCUUGAAGCCUGCAAAGCACACAACUAUCCUUUUUCUGAUGAUCAGCCAAUUCCAUUUGGAUGGGAAGAGGUUUUGGUUGAACUUGCAACAGAAAUCCUGAACGAUCCCUCACCUAAUAAGAUAUUUUCUGUACGGGGAAAGUUUCAAAAGCUUCUCGUGGAUUUUGUUCACCCCAAACUCAUUCUCCUGAAAUUGGUAGAGCUAUUCUUGAAGGGAGUGGAGGCUAAUUCAAAACGGGAGCUUUAUUAUUGGCAUGCUUAUUAUGAUAAGAGGCUCCCUACAGGAACAACUGCUCUGCUCAAAUUGGAAGAAUUUGUGGCCAAAUUCAUUAGCAUGUACAGGAAGAGCUCUGGCAAUAGUAAGUACGUGCAGUGAAACUGGUUUUUGAAAGUCCUUAGCCACAUACUCGAGUGCCAUAUUAAGGUGCCGCUGUUAUGGAUGCUAAUUCUACUUGAAGUUCAGAUCUUCUGCCCCCGAUGGAUUAG